AUGAUAUCGUAAGUUAGUUUUUUAGAUAUAUUGUAAUUUUAGGUUUGAUGAAUUAAUGAAGAGAAGAGCAAACAAUGUUGACAAUGAGGCUGAUCUGAUAUUGUGUAGAGGAGAAGGCCGAUGUGACUUAGAUUUUAAUGACGAAAAACUAAAAGAAGAACUUUCAAACAUGCACAUUUGUGACACUCACCGUCAAGAGCUAAGUACAAAUUGGGAAAACAUAAAGUACAACCACAUACUGAGAAUGAGACAACACGGGUCGCGAGUUUCAUCGUGUUCUUUUCCUAAAGAAUUGCAAGAAAACUACAAGGCGCAUGCUUCACGAAGAUAUUGGCUCAGCAAGCAAGAAGCAAAUGCAUUUUUGAAAGAAGAAGGCGUCCUCAUGCACAUUGGCAUCCGUAAGUUACAUAUAAAAAUACAAAUUUUACUUUAGCUUUGUGCCACGCUCACAAACAACAAGUAAUGUCUGUCCAUUGCCAAAAAAUUUGAACAAGCCCUUGAAGGAACAUGCUCAGACAGUGCUAGUGAUUACGAAGAAGACCGCAACUGCGUAAGUAAUUGAAAAGUAUAAAAACGUUUUUUAGAAAGUAGAAACUGGACAAGAAGAAUUUGUGUGUAGAAGCCUCAGAAGUUUUGCUGCUAGUGUUGGUAUAGAACAUGCGAUAGCUACAAAAGAAUACAAAUAUAUGGACAAAUCUACGCAAAGAAGAAAAGUUUUUCAUGCCCGAAAGCUUUUUAACGUGAUGUCAAACUGUAUGGUGGGACAAGAAGGGGCGUCAGAAUUUAGAAAAAGAGUCAUCGAUAAAACUACAAAACCAGUCAACGUGAACUUUGAUUUUGAUAGAAUCACUGCAGAAGUUGCGAAAUUGUAUUACAAUGCUGACAACAGGCAAGAGCGACUUCAGACGUUGAGCAUUAUUUCAACGGUUAUGCCAUACAGUAGUGUUGUCAAUGUAAUUCCCGGAAUUACGAGAUAUGCGUUUUACACAUCACGGUUGUUAUCAAUCCAAAGAACAGAAGACUUAGAAGUUAAUCAUCAGAAGAUAUACAGACAACGAUUGACAAAACGACAACUCAACGAGUUCGUCAGCUUUAUAACAAGGUAAAAUUUUAAGAUAGAUAUGCCAUUGUCUAUAAAAUGAUAAUAUUUUUAUACAGACAUACAUUUGUUUAAUUUUAGUAGCCAUGUACAAGUUGGUCUACCCUACGGCACAAGGAAGGCCACAUUAGCCGGCGAGUCAAUCGAAAUCCCAAAUGUUCUACGUCUUCAUCGCAACGCUGUUAUUUUUUCGAUGUAUACUAAUUACUUGGAGGAAAAUGACAUGUCUGAACUAAAAAUUAGCAAAACCACUGCGUUUAAAAUUUUGAAUGUAUGUUCUGCUUCAAAGCGACGUUCUUUGGUAUGUGUGGACAGCUACUUAGUGGACCUUAUAUACGUAAGUAUAAUAAGAAAAACACUGAACUGAUUAUUACAGGCUUACGAUGAAUUGAUUGACAUGUUACAUCAAGACAGCUCAUUUGACGCCACUACAAAGAAAGAAUUGGAAAAUCAACUACGAGCAGGAAAGUUGUAUUUGCGCACUGACUUCAAGCUGCAUUUGAAAGAGGUAUCUCGUAUCUCUGACCAUUGCGUUUCUUUUGCUUUGAGCGAUCCAAAAGACAACCGUUAUUCUGUUGAUGAUUCUUCUCACAAACACGAUUUUUAUUGCCCAAGAUGUGAGCAAGUUAAAACUACAGUUGAAUUAGUAGUACAAAAUGUCAAAAAGCAUAUAACGGACAAUUCUACAUUACCGUUCUUGAAGAAAAACAAGCCAAGUUAGAAGAAGCCGUCAACUCCAUACAAGAGUUUAAGAAUCACCACUUAAGAGCCAGACAUUCAGAAACUGUAAGAAUAAAGUUAAUCGACGAGAUGGACGACCAGACAGCUUUUCUCACUCUUGACUUUAGUCAGAAAAUCUUGCCAACAAGUCACUACGAAAGCCAGACGGAUUACUUUGGAAAAAGAGGAUUUAGUUGCCAUGUUACUCAUGUUCUCAAAAAGACACAAGGAGAAGUUCAACAGCAUAGUUUCGUGCAUUUAUUUGGCACGGAAACUCAAGAUUCUGUUACGGUACUAGCUCUCCUUCAAAACGUUUUUGUGACGUUAAGCAAGCAUGGUGUGAAAAAGAUUAUUGUGAGAAGCGAUAACGCAGGUAAGUGCCUAUUUUAAAAACCUUUAUUUAUAAAAAAUAUAUUCGAAUUAUUAUAGGGUGUUAUCGGUCAGCGUACACUAUAAUCGGAAUAACUAAAAUUGCUGAACAAAGCGGAUUGAGUGUACUGCAUUACACAUUCUCAGAAAGUCAAGCGGGUAAAAGUUCAGCUGAUAGAAUUACUUCUGUUGUUAAAAGAAGACUCAAAAACUACGUAGAUGACAUGGGAAAUGCUAGAACGCCAGAAGAAGUAUUUGCAGCAAUGACUUCGGUAAGGUCUACAGGCAUAUCAGUUCACCUGAGUAAUCUCAUCCGGAAUGGAAAAGAACAAAAUCUAAAAAUUCCAGAAAUAAGUUUUUUGAGUCAUUUUGAAUAUACUGAUGACUCGCGCUUAAUAAUGUAUAAACAUUACAAAAUAGGCAAUGGAGGAAUUUUUACGUGGAAAAAAGAAGAAAUCGAAGUAAAGGGGCGAUUAGAAGUAAAAGCCGAGGAUAUUUCAUCAACAGAUUUUUGGUACAGCAACGAAGAUAAAUUAUUGGAUGACAAUAUUUUUGUAGACAGUAAAAGCAAAAUGGAUAUAGAUGAUGACAACCUUGACCUAAUAAAUGGCCGCAGUUACUAUCCAUGCCCAGAAGAAACAUGCAACUCUAUCUUCCAAAAAUAUUGAAAUCUUAAGCGCCAUGUACUAGUUGGCAAACAUAAAACUACUCCGCUUCAGCUAUCUACGGAAGACACGGUACUGGGAAUGUACAAACAACGGUUAGAAGACAUGGAUAUAAACAAAAUUUUACCUAGUGUAAGAGAUAGCGUUUUGGUAACAAAUUCGGAAUAUUCAUCAAUGGCAAAAGGAUGGGCUUUGAAGAAAAGGAAAAGCAACAAAAGGUUUACCGAAAACGCUAAAAAAACUUUGGGUAUAAUGUUUUCGGAUGGAGUUGCCAACAAAAAAAAUGGGAUCCUAAAGAAGCAGAAAAAGAAAUGUUGA